GUGGGGAACACCCCGUCACUGCCACAACUUCCAUGUCGUCGUAGUGCUCGUAGCUCAUGAGUCGAUGGAGUCAUGCAGGUCACGUAUACCCUCUUGGCGGCGGACCACUGGUGUGACAAUCUGGGUGGCGCCGUGCGGCUGGGCGACGACUUCGAUGGCUACAGCCUCAUUGGCUGCCAAGCGCAGUGCAGCAAGGACCGUCGCUGCGCGUAUGUGUCCUUCAACCAGAAGCUCGUUGGUGCUCCAAGUAUGCCAUUUGCGGCACCCCAACCACGAUGCCCAACGAAUUCCCGCAGGACCCCCGCGGUUGGUUGACCUUCGCAAGGGACCAGGCGGAGGAUGUGCCGCAGUUCUACGGAGAUUGUUCUCAACAUGACUUCCAGGCCUUUAAGAACCGCUCCAUCGACUGGUAUGAGAAACGCAUGGCCACCCUCAACCUCUUUCAUGACAUGACACUGCUGGUGAACAACUUCCACACCAUCUACAAGAACUGCCCGCCGGCGGCGCUGCUGGCGGUCUUGUUGAAGCUCGAGUCGAUGUACUUCGAAGAUGAAGAGAAGUGGAACACGCUGCUGGAGAUCUACGUGAACGCGCAGCACCAGGCCUCCGCCCAAGGAGACCUCUUCGCCUCGCACUACGCGGUCGACCGAUGGCCGCUGCAGCAGGGCAUCGCCCAUGCCCUGGCCCUGCGGCGCCAGGGCGGCACAGCCAGGUCGCUGGAGUUGGUGGUGUGCUACUGUUCGGAGAAGCUCUCGUGGCUGCGCGCCUUUCAUCGCCUGCCCUGGCGAGAUGAGGACCGCUCCGAGGCGGUGCAAAAGCAGGUGGCCCUGCGCUUCUACCACAAGCGGCUUGGCGAUGAAAGCGGAAGAAGCGGCGAGGUGAGCAGCCGUUGGUUGGGGAUGCUUCGGGGUUGGAUUUGCAGAGAGAGAGAGAGAGAGAGAAGGAGAGAAGACAGAUUUUAGGAGCCA